AUGUGCCCAGACAUGUGCGCCCACACGUGUGUGCUGAGUCAGGUGCUCUUGGGCAAGAUGGAGCGCACAAGGAAGCAGGGGGCCAACAUGGUCGACGACCUGCACCGCGACCUGCACCUUGACGAGGGGCGGCAGUCCUCGCCGUCGCCGUCGUCUCCGCCGCCGUCGCCAUCCCGAGGCGACUGGACGCAGGCGGACGAGGAUGCACGGCAGGAGAGGGUACUCGGGUCCAAGGGGACUGGGCCGUCGGCGGGGUUCAGAUCGGACACGCCCUUCGAUGAAGAAGCGAAGUCCGGUCGAAAACAUCCUGUCAGGCUCAGUUUCACGGACCCCGACGAACUGGAGCCGCGCACGUCGCAGUGGGGGAAAGAGCUGACGACGCCGGACACAUGCCGACCUAGACACAGCCCCAUUGCUGUUGAUGUCAGGAAAGAGGCUGAGGAACCAGAUCCAUUUCCCAGCCACAUCCGAUCAACGCUGACGAUGGAACACAGCUCACCAAAACCUAAACCGAAGAAAACGUCAGGCCGAAAGAGUUCCAUCUUCCUCUCAGGGGGAAACGUUGUUGGCAUGCUCCUGGGUGGCAUUCGCCGUCAGAGUGGGGUCAUGGCGGACACUGCGGAGGAAGAAGAGGAUCUGUGGUUCACAUCCACAGAUGACUUCAACCCUCCUACGUUCAUGCUGGAGAAGACGAAGAGCUGCACCUCCUACUUUGUCAAAGCAUCGGCGUGCAAAAAAAACUUUGUCAUGAAGGUGUUUCAUAAACGCAACUUGGCCCCUGAAAUGGAGAACCAGCUGCAGAGAUGCAUGAGCAUUAUACGCACACUGCACCAUCCAAACAUCAUCCGAUGCUUUGGUGUCUGGGAAACGGAGGAGGACAUGUUCAUGGUUGAAGAGUACUGCUUCCACGGGGACAUGUUUGCUCAGAUGGUCACCAACAAGAAGUCUCUCACGGAGUUCUUUGUUGCAAACCAAGUCGUGAGGCCGUUGCUGGAUGCCCUAGUUUAUCUGCACAAUGUGGGCAUUGCCCACAGGGCAAUAUGGCCUGAAAACCUCAGCUUCGGUCGCGAUGGGCAGCUGCGCCUGUUGAACUUCGUCUAUGCCAUCAACGUGUGGCAGAAUAGACCAACCUCACAGUAUGGGUAUGUGGAUUACAUGGCGCCUGAAAUGCUGCGCGUGAUGGACCCUUGCAAGGAGGAUGCUGCAGCCUUUCAGAACCCCUCUGAUGUGGAGGGAGGGCAGAGGUUUGCAGAGUCCAACAGAGUGGUGUGCUACGAUGAGAAGGUGGACAUUUGGCAACUUGGUGUCCUUGUGUAUGAACUUCUGGCUGGUCGCGGCCCUUUUGAGGUUGAAGAUCCCACCUUGACGGCUGCACUCAUUUUGUGGGCAAACGUCCGCAAGUUCCCUGACAGCUUCUCAAAGGACGUCAUCAGCUUCAUACAGGAUGCGCUAGUGAAGGACCCCACUGCAAGGCCCUCUGCUGAGGACCUGGUCAACCACCCAUGGCUCGAGGCAGUAGGACAACUGGAGACCGAUCGAAGGGAAUCGCCAAUCUCAGUGACUGGACUGCUUGGUUCUCUUUGCGGACGGUUGGGCCAAAUGAUGACUGCUAUUUCUUGGAGCGUGCCACGACCGGUGGCCCCACAACGAUCGAGCAGUGAUGAAUCAGAUAGGUCCACCAAGGGCCAUGGAAAAAUCGGCGUAGUGCCAUCCGCUGAGCUCCCCACGGGUGAAGAUGACGAAGUGAAGACCAUCCUGAGCUCCUUCCCUUUGGUAGCAUCAGGGUUGGAAAGUGGCGUCCCCAGUGAAGGCAACUCACCAGUGCUGCAUUCUUUGGAAGGAGAAUCUGUGGGGGCUACGAAGAUCGCCUGGAGAGGCCCCAGCCCAGGCAUUCCCGUGGACAAGCCUUGA